CGUUUCACUGCGUCAAGCAGAAAUGGAGAGCAGUAAACAGCGGCCAUGGGCACCAGAGCGGAAGAGACCAGUUCUGCAUGUUUUUGGUGCUAUUAUGCUGAUGAGCUGGGCAAGAACACUGCUUGGUGACUCGUGUUUUGCCACCGUGGUCUUGGCCAGAAGGAGACCAUGCCCUUCCACAAGUCUGACCGCCAAAGCUGCGGAUACUGAUUUAGCCGUUAGCGAGGACUGGGCAGCCGAUGAGCCUGAAGAUAUCGAAGAUCUCGCAAUCCCAAAGCUCCGAAGGUCAUCACUCAAACUAAAAGGCAUUGAGAAGUCUCCAGAGCUGGACAUUGAUACAGUCACAGCUUUCGUGCAAGAAGAAUUGGGAAACACCAUCUUUAAGGCUUCAGAACCUGGAGAAGUUUCCGUGGAAGAUCCCAAGGGACACACUGACUUGAAAUCGGCAGCUGCAAUCCUGCAACGGUGGGCACUCCGGAGAGAGCCGCAAGAGGGUGCCAAAGAGGAGCUGAUAGAAGCUAUCAAGUUUGCGCUAAGCCGAGAUGUCCCAGAACCACACACUCUUGCAUCACUCAUGUGGUCGUGUGGGAGACUGAAGGUGGAUGACAUUGCACCACUCUUGGCACCAAUGCAAGAGUUACUACCAGAGGUGGCACCUAGCAUGAACGCGCAGAACUUGACCACUUUCUGGUGUUCGGUCGCAAAGAUCCAGGAACUUGCGGAGGAGGUGGAUGAUAUGAUUCCGGUUCUUCUUGAUGCCAUUGAAGAGAAGGCAGAUGAGUUGAGACCGAAUCAACUAGCUGCGUUUAUUUGGGCAGCUGGCAUGUUGGAUCUCAAGCAAUCAGAGGUCGAACGCAUCAAGGCACACUUUGCGGGCCGGCUCUCUCGAGGGGACAUGCAGUCGUUGCCAUUGAAGGACAUCGCCAACUUUGCUUUUGGUCUUGCACAAUUGGACUUCAGGGAUUCAGUGAUGCUGGAAACAAUCGCUGCAACGACUACUGAAAUGGCGGAAGCCUGCAAAAGCAAGCCUGCCAUGCAAGACUUGCCAAUGAUCGUCAUGUCGCUGACCCGGCUUGGCCACAAGGAGAGAAGCAUGAACAAGCUCUUAGACGCUGUUGCGAGUAGGCUACAGCGAAAACGCGUGCUCAAAAAGAUGCCAGCCUGGAGUUUGGCGGUGCUAUACUGGGCUUGGCCAAAUGAUGGGCUUGAGGGCGCAACUUGGAUUUUGACUGGGGAAUACGGUAUACUUGAAGAGUGCAAGCUUGUCUACUUGAGAUUUCUGUUGAUCAUUCUCUUUGAACAAAAGGUCCGAGAUAUGCAGGAAGUGCUACGUCCAGAGGUGGAGAAGCGGAUAGCGAAGAAGGAGUUCACCUACCGAAUGCUGGAGAGGAGCUGGAAGGGUCCAAAGGAAUGGAGGCGGCGGAUUGAUAGCAGCGUCAAGAUUCCGGCGUGAGGAACAAA